CAUCGCACCACAUUCCUGAUGGUCGUGAAGGCAGCACGGGUGACGGUAUGAAGGGAACUCCCAGCUUCUCGAGUCCCAAACCGCCUACCCAUGAAAACACCGGAUAAAACCAUAGAGGGAUUUUACACCAGAGUGCGGCGAUAACCACCACGAUUUAAAAGACAAGUCCUGAAACAUUUCGACGGCCAGGGGUGCAGUGCAUGUGGGGAAGAGCUGAUGAGGUGAAGAAAGCCAAAGGAGGCCACUGUGACGACAGCCGUGACACUGCUGCCUACUUUCUCCUCCCAUCACUUCAAGAGGAGACUGGGCUCCUCUUGCAAGAAACACCAUGUACCAACAUUGGAGAGGACUUACCACUGCCCCAUAGACUGCCAAACCUCUUGUGAACUUUCCAGAGUGUGAGGACCCUAAUUCUCCACAUUGCCCACUGGCCAAGAUGAAGAAGGUGGCAGCAUGGUCAGCAGAGGACGUCUCUGACUGGCUGAGCAAAGAGGGGAUGCCGGAGUACAUAGACUCCCUCCGUCAGACGGACGGCCCUGCUUUGCUCAGGCUCAACGAGGCAGAUUUACAGAUGCCUCCCAUCUCGCUGGUGUCGUCUGAUGGCGGGCAGCAGCUGUUGGAGCGACUGGAGACGCUGCAGAUGGAGACCCACAUCGAGGCUCACAAAAAUGGCCAUGCAAACGGGCAUGCGGGUGGGCUACCUAACGGGACUAGCAAGCCUCAAAGGAAUGGCACAUUGGGGAUGAAGGCCAGGAUGGAGAUGGUCCACAUCCCCAUCCCUACAGUAGAGACUAUGCGCACCUCGUUCCCUGUCGAGUGGGGCAAGACGGGCAUAGCGUUCGCCUAUGCGGUGGUGUGCUUUGUUACCACCACUGUCGUCAUUUCAGUGGUUCAUGAGAGAGUACCACCAAAGGAGCACACCCCACCGCUACCUGAUAAGUUCUUUGACCUGUUUAACAGGGUAGAGUGGGCCUUCUCCAUUUGUGAGAUUAACGGCAUGCUGCUGGUGGGACUCUGGCUGAUACAGUGGAUGCUACUCAAGCACAGGUCAAUUGUAGGCAGGCGAUUCUUUUUCAUUGUGGGCACACUCUAUCUGUACCGGUGUAUUACAAUGUACAUUACCACUCUGCCCGUUCCAGGGAUGCACUUCAAAUGCUCUCCCAAGCUUCUUGGAAACUGGGAGGUACAGAUGAGGAGAAUAAUGAAGAUGAUUGCUGGUGGGGGCCUAUCCAUCACAGGUUCCCACACCAUGUGUGGAGAUUAUCUGUAUAGUGGCCACACCGUCAUGUUAACGCUAACGUACCUCUUCAUCAAGGAGUAUUCCCCAAAGCGGUUCUGGUGGUACCACUGGUUCUGCUGGAGCUUGAGCGCUGUUGGGAUUUUCUGCAUCCUUCUGGCCCAUGACCACUACACUGUGGAUGUUGUGGUUGCAUACUUCAUCACUACACGCCUCUUUUGGUGGUACCACACUAUGGCCAACCAGCAGUCGCUGAAGGAGACGUCACAGAGUAACCUGUUCUCGCGCGUGUGGUGGUACAGACUGUUCCAAUAUUUUGAGGAGAACGUGAACGGCACGGUCCCUCGCAACUAUCAGCUGCCGUUGUCAUGGCGAUCGUUGCAGUGGAACCGCUGUGUGAAGUACAGCAAACUGGACAUGCAGUGACCCCCCCCAACCCCCCCUUCCUAUCUUGUCGAAGCAAGCAAGGACUAUGACUUCCAUAAGUGCGGUUUUUACCCAUGAAAGAUGGCCCUGUUAAAUGUAGCGCUGUCCUUUCCCCUCUCGUAACACAUCCCUGUCCAAAUUGGUAGCACUGUGACCCACCUUGUUUCUCUUUUUGUUUUCUCCUGUCUUUCUCUCCUGGUAGUAUUGCCAACACAGAGCACUAAUUUAUAUUUGUGUGAUUUUCCUCGUCGUGGACCACACAACAGUUUAUGAAGCAUUUCGACAAACUUCUCAAACUCAAAGAUUUCUGGCCACAAGGACUCAAAACGUUCCCCCUCUCUACACAAAACCAUAGUUAAUGUCCUCAUGUUCUGACAAGAGUUUUAGUGCAAAUACUGUCAAUCAUUUGAUAACCAAAAUGCCAUUUUCUUCGUUGUUUCUUUUUUUUUUUUUUUUUUUUAAAGCAAAUUACUUUUUGUAAACUGUCCUUGCUAAAAUGAGUCAAAGGUGCAAAAACUAUUUUUUUUUUUUUAGUAUGUCAAACUUUAUUUUUCAAAAGUAAAUGAUGUCCAACUAAAGAUUUUUAGAUUUUUACCUUUUUCAAGAUGGAUAACUGAGAGCAUAAGAAUCUAAUGUGGUAUAACAUAAUUCCAGUGCCUUUCUAGCUUGAUUGUAAAACAGUUCAAGUACUAUGUGUCUUGUGUCUCUCUGCUGCGGGUGUGACCGCGCCGCGGUACGAGGUGGUACUUAGUUAACAGUCUCGUUCCCAUGAAUGUAAAAACAAUUAUGCCAGCCUUACCAGAAGAUUGGUUUUCACAAAAUUAAGUGCAGUGAGUGAAAUGUCCCGUUUAUUUAUUGAUGCUUUAUGAUGUCAGUUUGUGCUUAGUUGGUUAAUGCGGUUCUAGCGAGGGGGAAAAAAAGGCUGUUAAUUGUUUUUUUCCUUUCUGUCUGGAUCAAUUACUUGUUUUACCAAUCAGUCUUUAACCAACAUCAGCCAUGUUCAAAGCCUGAUCAUUGAUGCUACAUUAUCUGGUAGCUUUACGUUCCACCACUACAGAAUAUGCUAAACGUCACUGCCUGAUUGGAAAUUGAAGAAGAUGUGUCUCUAAGGUGCAGAGUUAAGUUAUUCUGGACCAGGACACGUCUGUGCAUCAUUUCGGUGUCUCUCGCUCAGGAGACGGCGAGCUCCUCUCUUGUUCCCCACAUUGAGUCCCAUUUUGAAAUCGGAUUCCUCCUCAUUACCGUCUGGUUGUGUAACCUUUUGUGGUGGUGAUGAGAUCUAGAGGAAAAUGUUAAAUGUCAACACUCGUGUUGAGUUUAGGGAAUCUCAAGAGUAUUUAAAAAAAACAAAAAAAAA